AUGACUCCGGCACCUCUGCAAGAACCUCCCUGCAUCAGUUUGUGCACUGUCGAUAGCAGUAGCAGCGUGGGUCCAGGUAGUGCCUCACCGUAUUCAUUAGUAGCCAUGUCGAGCCGGAGUGUCGAACCAGGCGCCAGGCCAAAGCUGCUCUUCAACUUGCUGUCGCGAGAAGAUGAGGAUUCGGAUGAUGAUCAUUUAGAAGAUGAACCUGAACCGCCCGGUGGACAGGCGACGCGAGAGUUAGAUUCUAUGAGCAAAUGGUUGACUGAUGUUUUUAAUUUUAGAACAUCUCAUUCAGUAACAUCUAGUUCCGUCGGUUCACACAAUUCAUUCUUCACUGGUUGCACUGGUAGCAUGUUGUUUGGGAGGGUUAAAUAUGAUCAGUCAUGGGAAAAUUUAGUCAGAGGAGUAGGCUGUGCAUCAUUGAACGAGCCGACGGUUCUCUUCUCAAAUGGGACAACCCAGCCUCCAAUUCGUUUCUCAGGAACUGCGCUGGGGAAUUACGUCAGUGUGCCUUCACCUCCCAUCUUUAAUGAUGAACAGAGACAGAUGCAGUUUGAUGAUUCGGAAAUCUCCCGCCCUCGUGGCGAAUUUUUAUUCAAAAAAAGAAAAGUCUAUGAAGAUGCAGUCAAGUCGACAUUUCACGAAGCAACAUCUGGCGAGAAACUGAUAAAAAGUAAGCGGUUAAAAAUUGACCCAAAUUAUUAUUUUCAAACAUUGAAGCACAGUUACGAAAAGGAGAAAAGUCCUAAAGGCUCCCUCCUCAAGAAAAUAUUGUGUAGCAAUUCUUUUGAGGAUGAUGACGACGUGAGUGACGACAGUAGUGACGUCAUCGUACCUUCAAUUGAAAAGGCGUUGGCACACACCACUCCCGAAUAUGAAUUGAUGACGUUAUAUACACAGGGGGAUGAUCAUUAUGAUCAGGCAUCUCGCAAAUUAGCCGUCAGAUUAGCUGACGAGCAAUUAAACAGCAGCUACAACAGCCGAAGAUCACCUGACCAAAUUUACUCAAAAUGUCUUUCCACGUUCAAUGAGUACAGAAAACCCAUGAUGCUAUCGAAAUCUUCAAACGAAAGCAUUCUCUCCUUCUUGAAGGAUGAAGUUCAGUUCGCCUACAGCCUGCCAGAGUUCACUCAGCUGCCUUACAAGGACCAACGUCACAUGUUGGUCGCCGCCAUGUCCAGGCUCCUUGUACUGCACAUAGCCAGUCAAAAUAUUCAACUUGAAGUAUGCCAGGAUGAGAAAGCGAGGAAAUUUUUAUUAGCCAACAGAAAUGUCCAUGUUCACGGUUGGACGGCGGGUUUUAAACCCAUGGAAGAAUUUUUGCAGAGUCUGAACAUGGUUAUAUCGAAAUUUCAACAGGAUUCUGUGACUCAGCUGGAGUACUACUACCUCAAGUUCCUCGCCCUCUUCAAUUACAACGGCGUUCAUACAACUUUUAGGCAGUCACUUUCUUAUAAUUUUCACUUCAGAAAAUAA